GGGGCCUCCUCAUUCCAGCAAUCUGGCCAGGCCCACAGACUCAUAGCCUAGGAGGAGGAGGAGAGAAGGAGGGGUCAGCUUUUCACCGUUAGCGAGGAUCUCUCGGAUCCGUUGUAGUGCAGCCAAGGAGGCAGGAGACUGUGGGGUGGGCUAGACGCUAGGGCUGGGGAUGCCUGAGCAGAUGUGGAAGCAGCUGGAAAGGUGGCACAGCCCUUGGGUCGCCGCCGCCAAAGCUGUGGCUGUUCCUAGGAGACAGAGGAGAAGCCAGCCUGCGGGGGAGGGGAAGCGAGUGGGUUGCUGCUUUUAGCAGCUGAAAGGGCUGCAGGGAGCUCUGGGUAAAGACAUUUUCUAGCACCGUCGCUUUUGCGGUAGAAGCCUGCUGCGAGUAAGUCAGAAGAAGGAGGAUUGGGAGGGAGGAGGUCUCAGUUGCAGCCAUGCUGAAUCACGGUUGCUGAUCAGGGUCCCUCACGGGGCUGCUGGGAGGACCCAGAGAGCGGCGCCAGUUCCCGGGUGCAUGCACAGUUUGGUGGCUACUAACCCUGCCGGGCCUCCCACAAUGGAGGACGAAAGCGCCAAGCCGAGCCCUCAGCCCACAGCGCAGGCGGAGGAUGAAGAGAAGAACCAGAGGAGGAUAACCGUCAAUCCUGCCCACAUGGGGAAAGCCUUCAAAGUCAUGAAUGAGCUGCGGAGUAAGCGGCUGCUGUGUGACGUGAUGAUCGUGGCAGAAGACGUGGAGGUGGAAGCCCAUCGCGUGGUCCUGGCAGCCUGCAGCCCGUACUUCUGUGCAAUGUUCACAGGUGACAUGUCUGAGAGCAAGGCCAAGAAGAUCGAAAUCAAGGACGUGGAUGGGCAGACUCUCAGCAAGCUCAUCGACUACAUCUACACGGCAGAGAUCGAGGUGACAGAAGAGAACGUACAGGUUCUGCUUCCAGCGGCCAGCUUGCUGCAGCUCAUGGACGUGCGUCAGAACUGCUGUGACUUCCUGCAGUCUCAGCUGCAUCCCACCAACUGCCUGGGCAUCCGCGCCUUUGCAGAUGUGCACACCUGCACAGACCUCCUGCAGCAGGCUAACGCCUAUGCAGCAGAGCAGCACUUCCCAGAGGUGAUGCUGGGGGAAGAGUUUCUGAGCUUAAGCCUGGACCAGGUGUGCAGCUUGAUAUCCAGUGACAAGCUGACGGUCUCCUCAGAAGAGAAGGUGUUCGAAGCUGUGAUUUCAUGGAUCAAUUAUGAGAAGGAGACUCGCUUAGACCACAUGGCAAAGCUGAUGGAGCAUGUCCGGCUUCCUCUCUUACCGAGGGAUUACCUGGUCCAGACAGUCGAGGAGGAAGCUUUGAUCAAGAACAACAACACCUGUAAGGACUUCCUCAUUGAGGCCAUGAAGUACCAUCUCCUGCCCCUUGACCAGAGGCUCUUGAUCAAGAACCCCAGGACCAAGCCCCGGACUCCAGUCAGCCUGCCCAAGGUCAUGAUUGUGGUUGGUGGCCAGGCACCCAAGGCCAUCCGCAGCGUGGAGUGCUAUGACUUCGAGGAGGGCCGCUGGGACCAGAUAGCUGAGCUUCCCUCCCGAAGAUGCAGAGCAGGUGUGGUGUUCAUGGCAGGCCAUGUGUAUGCCGUGGGAGGGUUCAAUGGUUCUCUGCGGGUGCGGACAGUGGAUGUGUACGACGGAGUGAAGGACCAGUGGACGUCCAUUGCUAGCAUGCAGGAGCGCCGGAGCACGCUGGGUGCGGCCGUGCUCAACGACCUUCUCUAUGCUGUCGGAGGCUUUGACGGCAGUACCGGCCUGGCAUCUGUAGAAGCCUACAGCUACAAGACUAAUGAGUGGUUCUUCGUGGCUCCCAUGAACACACGUCGAAGCAGCGUGGGAGUGGGUGUCGUGGAGGGGAAGCUGUAUGCUGUCGGCGGUUACGAUGGGGCUUCCAGGCAGUGCCUGAGCACCGUGGAGCAGUACAACCCAGCCACCAACGAGUGGAUAUACGUGGCAGACAUGAGCACCCGACGCAGUGGCGCUGGGGUUGGGGUGCUCAGUGGACAGCUAUAUGCCACCGGCGGACAUGACGGACCCUUGGUGAGGAAGAGUGUUGAAGUUUACGAUCCUGGGACAAACACUUGGAAGCAGGUGGCAGACAUGAACAUGUGCCGGCGCAAUGCAGGGGUCUGUGCAGUGAAUGGGCUCCUGUACGUGGUUGGAGGGGAUGAUGGAUCAUGCAAUCUGGCUUCGGUAGAGUACUAUAACCCAGUCACAGACAAGUGGACACUGCUGCCCACCAACAUGAGCACUGGGAGGAGCUACGCAGGUGUUGCUGUGAUUCACAAAUCCUUGUGACCCAAACUCCCUCAGCCAGGAGGUGGAGGAAGAAGCCGCAGGGCACUGCCUGUGGCAACGGGACCACAACAAGUAAGGAGAGGGACUGAGAGGCUCUGCCGUGGCUUGACAACCACCCACGUCUCAGUGGACAACCUCAUUCCUCUCCGCGUGGACACUGAUGACCCAUCUUCUUUCUGCUCCAAGGUGCUUUGGAUUCUGCCCUAAACAGUUGAGUUCCCGGCAGCCCCGGCAGCACCCUAGGGCACGCACUCUCGGGAACGUGCGCGUGAACGUGAGUGUGUGUGUGUGUGUGUGUGUGUGUUAAACAUUUCAUUCAGUGGGGGCUGGACCUAUGUGUCUACUGGAUUUCUUUACUACUGAUCUUUUUACUGUGCUAAAACUCCUACAAACAUCUUUUUGGACUGUCUAAUGGGACCCUAGACUUCUAAAGAUGCUGUCUUCUGGAGGUCCAGAGAGAACUAGCCAAAAGCAGCAUUCCAAGCAUGUCUGGGACCAUGACUUGACUACUGCAGCUGUGUGGAAGAGCAGGGGCUUCCUCAAAGCUGCCCCAUGGCCUCUCCCUGGGCCGCUGCCUCCUCCUGGACUGUACUCUAGGAGGCCGAUGAGAACUGCUUUGCCUUUAUUUUGGCCUCUACUCCCUGAUGUCAUGAAUUCCAGAUUUGGAAGAUUUUGUGUCUUCUCAGCAGGGAAAACAAACUCUUCAGAUAAGCCCCAGGAAAAAACACUGGAGAGAAAAAGACAAGUAAAGCAAGCGAGCAUUGAGCGAGCAAAAGUGAGCGAGCGGGGCCGGAGAGAUGGCUCAGCGGUCAAGAGCACUGACUGCUCUUCCAGAGGUCCUGAGUUCAAUUCCCAGCAGCCACAUGGUGGCUCACAACCAUCUGUAAUGGGAUCCGAUGCCCUCUCCUGGUGUGUCUGAAGACAGCUACAGUGUACCCAUAUAAAUGAAGAAGCAAAUAAACCUUUUAAAAAAAGCAAGGAAGAACGAGAGCAAGCAAGGAAGUAGACAGACAGAAUCCAAGUGGCAUGGAUUCAGUGUCCUCCCACAGUGGUCUCAGAGAGGGAUCCUGCUUUUGAUUGUUCUCAGGGCACCUACCUUAUGUAUCAUGUUUAUUAUGCAGGCUUAUCCACGGUAUCAACUCUCACAUGGAGGAUAAAUAAAAGGUCACCCUGCCACUCAACCCAGAGAUAGGUUUGCCCCUAGCUCAGGUGUGGCCAUACAUAACUCAGAGGGACACGAAUGACUUCUAAGAAACGCACUGGCUGGCACUCUGUGAGGAUGGUCAGGGCUGCCCGUAUCCUUGUCCUCCCUCCCUCCGGCUUCCCUCCUAGUCCAGGGUUCGUAUCCUCUCCCCGGCCUCUGAAACCUCCCUUUUGACUUUCCCUUUGGGGAAGGAAAUGGUAGCGGGCCCUAGGCUGGAGAUCUUCCUCAAAGACGCUUGCAUUUUAAAAACGAAAGCCACUCAGGAAAGUUUUGCUCAACCACAGAUAAAAAUGAUUAAAAAUGUAACUUUAAGCACCUGGGGUGGUGUUUGGAAGUGCAUGGAAGCAAACACAUUAAGUGUUGGGGGGUCUGUGCUCACUGUAGGAGCAUGUGUUUGAUCUCUAGCACUGACAUUAAAAAAAAAAUCUGGGUACAACUGCGUACGCCUCCUGUGUCAAAGCUGGGAAGGCAGACACUGGAAAUUAUCUGAGGCUUUGUGGGGUCAACCAACCUACACUAACCAGGAAGUCUCAGUCUCCGGCCUCAGGGAGGGAGAGACUCGCAAAACAAAUUGUGUGGAUCCUGCGGACCAACAUCAAGGUUGACCUCUGGCUCUACACACACUUCCACCCCCACCCCCAACGCCCGUGAACCUCAAUGCCGAACUCUUCUUAAGCUAACGAGUUGCUUGUACUGGAAUCUUUGCCCAGUACCUGGAGAACAGUCUCAUGCGUGGGAGUCGGAGGUACAGCAUCCUCCAUGUCAGGGUCUGUGGAGAUGAGACCAAGGGACUUUGUGAACUCUUCACGUUGGAGUUCUAACACAAGCGGGUUCUUCAGAGCACAUUCUCUAGGAGGUUGGUGCCCCCUGUCCUUUCUGCCUUUGGAAGCUGCUCCCCGGCUAGGCAGCCACUGAGUAUUUACUGAGCACCCUUCCAUGAGGGUAGACCUUCCUUUCUGAUGUUAAGGAGGAGUUAGGAACCACCACAUCUAGAUAACUCAAGUGGCCUUAGGAAGAGGCUAGUGCGCCCAGCUUUGGGGGGACCCGGAAGAAAUGCCUCCCAAGGGAUGCAGACAUUUUCUUGGCUGGUGCUCUGUUUCCAGCUCUGAGGGAGAAGAGCCAAGGGUGAAGCAUGGCUUUGUGCUAGGAAAGCUCCCCGGGCCCUCCCUCCCCUUUCCAGGCAAGCCUGGGGACUUGUUUGAUUUUCGAGCAUCGAAGAUAAGGUUAGGGACCAGAGUCUAAUGAGCUAUUUGCACAAGCACCCUAUUUCAGGUGAAAGGAAGCCCCACCCCUCUCCCACUCCCACCAAGAACCCAGACGUUUGUACUUAGGCAUCACAAUAAAUCUUCCUUUGAGUACUGUUCCUGAAGAGAACCCCUCCUUCCGUGGAAGCUGGCCAGCCAUGAUUUCUGCCAGAGCUUUUAUUUACCGUGGCUCCCACCUCAUGUCUCCCUCCCUGUGAAGCAUUGGCUCUACAGGCGGAGCUGCUGAGGGCUUCACUCAUUUCACAGUCGUGUGUCCUUUUCGUGUGGGGACUAGAACACUGGUACGUCAUCUCCAAAAAACCCAGCCGGCCCAGCUGCUCACAGACGCGCUCCCAAGACCCGUGUUGCCGCUUCAUCAGGUAGAAGUCUUCCCAUCACGGAUACCUCAGACCCACUUUCAAGUCUGUGCUAGUCACACGGUGGGUGAAGCCUCCCCCGAAGCGUCCCCAUCCCUCACCUGUCAGAGCAGACGCCACCACUAUUGAACACUAGUGAAUACAGCCCUGCCAAGGGGCACAUCUGAAAUCUGACGGCGGUGACAAAAUGGAAUUGAGACCCAAGGUUAGAUCAAGGUUAGAAGCCGCUUAGAUGCCACUCAGAUGCUGAUGUGGACAACGGAAGUCAGCUUCUGAACUCCAAAGUUAUUUCUCCUAAGGUACCCAACAGCAUCUCUAUCUCAGAAAAGGAAAAGAAAAAAAAAUGCAGUAUUAUGCAAAUGAAGUGACCUCAUUUUUCUGCUAUGCAAUAAGAAUUCUUAAUUGUAUCUCACGACAAGCCAGUUGUUAUACCCCCUCAGCAGAGUUUUCUUUUUGAGCUGUCCCACUUUGAUAUCUAUUAUGUAAUGUUUGUAUAUCUUUGAGCCAGAUCCUUUCAAAGAUUGCCUUUCUUUCUUUUCUUUCUUUCUUUUCUCUUUUUCUCUUUUUUCUUUUUUGUAAAAUUGAAGCUACAGUUUUCAGGCUAAAGUUUUAAUGUAGAUAUUUUUAUAGAUAGUUUUCCAGGACAUUUGAAUCGCUUUCUGUCGUCCAUGACAAUGAAAUGAUGUGCUGUCUGUCACUCACCCUAGCAGUGUGUGCCUGGAGCUGUCCUGUCUUUGUCGCUCUUGUCUGUCACAGAACCCUUCUGAACUCCAGUCCCUCAGUGGUCCAGGAAGAUUGCUGAAUUCCAAGACACCGGUCGUCACGGGGCUUGCUUUCUAUGUUUCCAGGGACUAACAAUAAGCAUGACUCAGCACUUACCCAUCUCUGUCUCUCAGCUCGGUGUGUUUGUGAGUCUGUUUUCUGCAGGGCUGGGUUGGCCCACGUGGUGACAGUUCUUACUGUCCGGCAAUGAGGUUGCCCUCUGGCCCGCACUCCUUAGGUGGCUUGGACCUUGUCCAUUCUCCACUGUCUCCUUGCUUUUGGAGGUUUCUAGUAUUCAGGGCCUCCUCGGCUGGGUCCUGUCUCUUAGGGACGCUUGCGCUCCCAUUACUUCGGGAGAGCCAUCGUUUAGCAGAUGUUCAUUCUUUUUUGUUUUUAUUUUUGUUUUUGUUUUUUCUUUCUUGAGCUGUGUUCACUCCAGGUUCUGUUUUGUAUAUUUAUCGUGUGCCACAGGACUCUUGUUCUCUUUUUAAAUCUUAAUUUAUUAUUUUGGGGACAGGUGCCAUUUAAAUCACCUCCAUGCCUCUUCCUGUUUGACCUGGACUGGGUCAAGUUGGGAGGCUGAGCAAGCCCAUUAAGUCGGACAAGAGCAUCCAAGGCUCUGAUGUACGGAAGCUCGGAGAUCAGAGUGCUUUUUGUAGGUCCUGUAUGUGUGUGUGUGUGUGUGUGUGUGUGUGUGUGCUACUUAAGCCCCUCGUGUUCAGCUGCACUAUUAUCUACUGAGCAAGCAGAAAAUCCAGCAGCACCUCCGACAUAUGGGGACAGGAGAGGCUAAUUCUGUGUGGGUAAUCCAACCCUAGAGGCCCCGUGCAGCCUUUACUGUGGGACUCAGAGAUUGCCGGCUGUAGCAGCAGUCAAGGUGGGAAUGCACGGGGCUGUGGCAUCUGCAGGAAUAAAUUGUUCUUGUGCUGCUUUUGCCUUUGGUUAUAAGAUUGUAAAUUAUUUGCCUCCCUUUUGGUGGUAAUAAAGGACCCUUGUUAGCUUUCUUGUUUAAUUUGUAUAUGAUACGUAAAAUACCUUCUUUGGAAGAAAACCCAAGGCACAGAAUGAGAAUAACUCUGCCAGUGCUUUGGCUCUGUGCUUGAUAUGGGCCGUCAGACUGGACACGGGCACAGGUAAAGUCCUUGAUCUGAUAUUUUCUGUAUGGAUGUUAGGGACCAUACACCUUGUAAAAGAACACUUGCCACAUGAUCAAUACAGUAAAAGCCGAGAAACAUUCCCCCAAAUGUGUUAUUUUUAUAGGAGUCCAUUCCAGCCCUCCACACUGUACCUGGCAUUUUAAUAAAAGCUGAACUGUG